AUGAUAGUACAAAGGUUAAUACUUUGCUGUCCAAAUAAAUCUCCGCGAAUGACAUCAAAUGUUUUUUAUCGAAGAAUUACAAGAACAUGAUCGGCAAACUAUAUGGCCAACAUGAGUUUGUGUCACUGUGAGAGAAAGAUAUAUUUGGAUAGCAGUUCUCAAGUUCCAUCGUGUAAUCCAUGAAUAAAUUUUCGUUUAUGCCGACAUAUGGCUAGCGCUGAUUUUAACGCCAGAACCACUUCCAUCGAAUUAAGGGUGAUUGAGGAAUGCAUAGAGGAUCCGACAGAUAAUAUUGAAGAUGAAACUCUCGUACAAAAUGCCGGAGAGAACAACGAAGUAAUCUGCGACGGGAAAUCUGAAAACCGACAGUUGGAAAACAAAGAUAAUUAUGACCGCAAGACUGAUUCGAAGGUUACAACGACAGCUGCCGACAGCAAAGCAUUACCUAAACCGGCAAAACGAAAAUUUAGUUUAAGAAAGAAAUCUCAUGUCGAGUUUUGUGUUAAACCGGACGUUAGACAGGGAAAUGUGGAAUUAAGCACUACAGAUAAAUUGAAUGCUGAACGCCUUUCUCCUCCACAAGCCAGACGAACUAGGCAAAGACAAAGUUUUUCAGGACGUUCUUCGACUAAAAAUCGACCUCUGCGUUUUUCUGUUGGAGCCAAUCAUCAACCAAAAGAAUUGAGGCGUGAAUCAUUUUCAGCACCUGCAACAGCCGCCUCGCAUGAUGAUAUCAGAGGACAAAAUGAUAAAAAAAUUAAGAUCUUUAUUGAGUUGGAUGAAUUAAACUAUGGAGACCGUACUUGGCUGGAAACAACCAGAUGGAUGAAGUACGAGGAACAUGUUUUGCCUAGUGGAAACUGGAGUAGACCUCAAGUCCCUUUUGUUGAAUAUGAAGGAUUUAUAGCUUUAAAAAAUUAUCUGCAUGAAGGACUGGUAUUUCUGGAAUUUUCGUCCCAAGGUUUACUUGAUUUUACGCAUACUCUGGCCACAACUCUUACAAUGUGUAACCGUAUUCAGCGAAGAUACAGACUGAAAAUUCAACAGCUAUUGUAUCUUCCUGUCAAUCAUCAGGGCGAUACAGCAAGAAGAUUGCAUACAAAGAAAUGUUACAGACUCUAUGUAGAAAAAAUUGAGGCCGAACAGCGUGCAGAGUCCAUGAAAAAGGCCUUUGAAUUAUCAAGUGAUAGAGUCAGGAACCUCUGGGUGAAUCUUUCUCACAAAGCAUCCUUGUUUUCAAAAUUCUCAGCUGCGUCUUAUGAUGACGACUCUGAUGAUGCUGAUGAAGCCAUUAUGAACAUAUCUGUGGGAGGAAUCCAUAACCAAAAAUUAUUGGAUCUUAAUGGAGAUAGGAAAGUCGUAAUUAGGGUUCCUGAUGAUCGACGCAGUGUUUCUAUAUCGGAAUUUUCCGAAGCAAACUCUGACAGAUAUCCUUUAUCUGGAAACCAAGAACAUCUUUUGAAAGCCCUGUCACCUGAUUGUGAGGGUGUUGCAAUCAAAUAUGCUCCCUGCGAUUUCUUGAAUGAAUAUGAGUCAUUCGUUGUACUGGUUCGAAUGACGAACAGUGUCGAACUUUCCGACUUUCUCGAGGUUCCGAUUGAUUGUAAAUUUGUUUUUCUUCUGUGUGGAUCGUCUAAAGGAGAUGGCCAUAAAGAUCUGCAAGUUUGUCGUGCAUUUGGCUCUCUCAUGACAGACAAAGUGUUCCAACAUGACAUGUUAACAGCUCAUAAAAAACAGGAUGUUAUCACCGCUAUUGAUAAGUAUGUUCAAGACAGCGUCUUGUUUCCACCGGGUCAAUGGGAUUUGGAUUACCUUAAGCCUGCAACUGAAGAAAUAACUCACUUAUCUGCAAAACGUCAUGUUCUUCGUACACAAACUGUGAAAACUCCACCAAGGAAACGAAAGAAAAGUUAUGCCAUACAGCAACCAUUAAUUUCCGAAAUUGAGAAUCAUCAGUCUAGGAAACCUUCCAGUGCCUUGCCUUUACGCCGAGAUACCGUGAUUUCUGCAGAUGACAUUGCAUCUUUCUUAAAUGGACAAGGAGGCAGUAGAACUCCAUCUAUUGUGUAUUCUCCGUUGCUUAGUACACACCCAUUAGAACCAGAUGGUCGAUGGUUUGGAGGCAUGCGUCGUGAAAUGAGAUUGCGUUAUCCGAAGUACUGGAGUGAUAUUAAAGAUGCAUUUCACAUUCAAUGUCUUGCUUCCUUCUUCUUCGUUACAUUUGGUGUUAUCGCACUUGCAGUUACAUUCGGUAAACUGUUGCUAAAAUACACGGAUGGUUAUAUGGGUGAUUCUGAAAUGUUGCUAGCGACUAGUUUUUCUUGUAUUUUGAUGGCAAUCGUGGGUACUGAACCUCACACGGUUCUUAGCGGUACUGCUGCAAUGGUUAUAAUUGAGACUGUAAUCUAUAAGGCAUCCGGCUAUUUCGAUAUAGAAUACUUACCAUGGCGACUGUGGAUUGGUCUAUGGAUAGGCAUUAUUUUGGUACUCAUCUUAGCCUGGGAGAAAACUUACUGGAUUACAUAUUGUACAAGAUUCACAGAGGAGAUUUUACAUUCACUGAUUGCAAUAUUGUUUAUUAUGGAGGCGUUUAAAGAUAUUUAUAAGGUAUUUCGAGAAAAUCCCAUCCAUGACAGUUACAAUAUGGUAUCCAAAGAUGAUCAAAACAAAACAGCACCCACAUUAACUGGACGUCCCAAUACAGCACUACUGCAUACAAUUAUAUUGUUUUCCACAUUUGGAAUUGCAGUUGGACUUCGCUUGUUUCAAGAAACAAGAUAUUUCUCCCCACCAGUGAGAAGACUAUUGAAUUUCUUCAGUAUUCCAGUAGCAGUGACAAUAAUGUUAAUUGUUUGCAACUUCCUGAAUGUAUACUUAAAUACGGUGGAACUAAAACCUGGAAUAUCCCUAACUUCGCAGAAUCGUACGUGGCUUAUUAAUCCAAGUUUGAGCGGGAAAGGAAAGCUUGGUUGGGGAAUGGCGGUACUGGCAGUUUUUCCUGCUUUCUUCGUCGUCAUUGUUAUUUUCAUCGAGACUGAAAUAACAAUAUUAAUGUGUUAUAAAGAGACUAUAUCAAGAAAAGGAACUGGAUUUCACACAAAUCUUUUGGUAGUUGCUAUUUCUAUAUUCAUUUGUUCGAUACUUGGUUUACCCUGGAUGUGUCUCGCUGCAGUGGAAACAAAUAAUCAUUUAGACAGUCUACGAGUGUGGACCUCGUAUAAUAUCCCUGGGAUAAAAAGUCAUGUGGAGAAAAUACGACAGCAAAGAAUUACCUUGUUGUUCAUUGGUUUGACUACAGGUUUAUUUUUGUACCAUCCCGUCACAUUUGGAGAUAUCCCUAUAGCUCUGUUGUCUGGACUUACAUUAUACAUGGGCGUGGUGGCCACUUUCGGUGUGCAGUUCUUUAAACGCCUCGAAUUGCUGUUUAUGGCACCAAGUCAACACCCAUAUAUUGAAUAUUUGGACAACGUUCCAUUAUUGAAAGUUCACCUCUUCACAGCUAUACAGAUUAUUAUGAUUGCUCUACUAAUGGUGAUAAAAUCAAUCGAAUCGAUCUCAUUUAUCUUCCCAAUAUUCAUCAUGUUGAUGAUCCCCUUCAGAGUCUUACUUGGAAGAUACGUUUUUACUUUACACGAGAUGGAACAGUUAGAUAACGAACAAGAUGACGAAAAUCACUGAAAGGAAGGGAGUUUCAUGCAUUGAUAUAGUUAAUAAUAUUUAUUAGCUGGUUAUAGCAAAAACAUAUACAUUUAUAGAAUUGAAGAAACAACAAAAUUUGAAGUAAAAUGGGGGUUAUUGUAUUUAUAUUAUACGUGAUGAAUUUUUUUACGCAACAAUUUUGGACUGAGAAUAUUUAUUAUUUGUAUAUAUACGCACUAUAUAUAGAAGAACUAGCAAUUCAAGAUAUGUGCAAAAUUUCAAUGCUUGUCGAAUUCAAUGGUUACCCCUUCCAUCUGCAAGAUUUUGCCCAUACGGAAGAUGAAAAUUCUCAGAAUACCAUUUAAUUCGCCUUUUUCACAUAUCUUCAAUUUGCAAUUAUCAAGAAUCUUUGUGCACAGUAUAGGUAAUAUGUCAUGGUUUAAAUAGUUUUGAAAAUUCAAUUGACCUAUAAUGGUCUAUAUUUUAUCCAAUAUUUAUCUCAGAAAUUGAAAAAGUGUUUUCUAAUUGUUUAGUUACAGGAAUUUAUUGUUGGCAUGACCUUGAUGAAAGGAGUUUGCAAUCUAUUGUUGAUAUUUUUAAUAAUUCAUUUCGUGGUGAUUUUCUUAGAAUAAUUGUUGUCAUGUCAGUGUAGCAAUGCUGAGUGCGCCGAAGCCGGACUAGAGAGACUGUAGUUAAGCUAGGCUUCGCAGCUCAAUCGUAGAAUGUGAAAUGUAAGAAUGUAAUUCUUGAUGAAACGAAUUUUUGUCACAACAAAUGCCAGCAGAGAAAACAAAACUCACACCGAAAAUCUCAAGUAAAUACAC